UCUUUCCUGUCCGCAGCGAGGCAAGGACAAAAAGUCGUAGUUUGCCGACCUGCAACCAUGACCCAGGACGAGAACAUGAGUGUCUCGAAAAAAACAAUUAUUGCUAAAAUUUUCAAAGUUCGCAAGAGGCGUGAGAUGCUUCUUGUGCAAAUGUUUUUUGUCUGCAGUGUCCUAUUUGUGGCAUGGAGCAUGUCAUCACUGCUGACAAAGACAGGCCAUGGAAUGCUUGUGAAGGGGCAUGCCGACCAUCACCACUGGGGAAGAAGGCUUAUGGCCUCAGCACUGGAUAAUGAGACAGCGGAGAAGAACUGCACAGAGCCAGCGAUACACGAGUUCCCAGAUGACCUUUUCUCCAAUGAUGAACGCAAGAGUGGGGCUGUUGCCCUGCACAUAUUGGCGGCACUCUACAUGUUCCUGGCCUUGGCCAUAAUCUGUGAUGACUACUUUGUGACAUCACUGGAGAAAAUCUGUGAGAAACUAGACCUUAGUGAAGAUGUCGCUGGAGCGACGUUCAUGGCAGCCGGGAGUUCUGCACCGGAACUUUUUGCUUCUGUUAUAGGUGUCUUCAUCACACAUGGUGAUGUGGGGGUAGGGACCAUCGUUGGCUCAGCGGUCUUCAACAUCCUCUGUAUCAUAGGCGUAUGCGGAAUAUUUGCCGGACAGGUUGUAAUGUUAACUCGGUGGUCUGUCUUUAGAGACUCCUUCUACUAUAUCUUGUCAGUAGUGGCACUCAUUGCGUUUAUCUAUGACGAGAAGAUAGUAUGGUGGGAGAGCCUUAUCCUGGUGCUUAUGUAUGCUGGAUACAUCCUCAUUAUGAAGUUCAACUCCAGCAUGCAGAAGUUCUUCGUAGGAAAGGGGGGCAAGAAUGUGGCUAAUGGUAAUGCAGCAGCCAGCAGCGAGAUGGAGGAUGUCAAGCCCAGUAGAGCUUACAGUCGUGGCUCUGUGGUGAUGGUAGAUGAAAUUAUGAAUGCCAACCCUCCCAAGUUCCGCUUCCCUGAGGCUGGGCUCCGGAUCAUGGUCACCAGCCAUUUUGGCCCCAAGACCCGGCUCCGUAUGGCCAGUCGCCUUAUCAUCACUGAGCGACAGAAGCUGGUCCAGGCCGCCAAUGGUGUGGAGACUGCAGUAAUUGAUGGGAAAGUGGACAUAGAAAACGGAAACGUGCCUGAAGACAAGCCCAGCGAACAAGAGAAUGACACCAUAUCUCCCUUCCAUGUGCCAGCGGGCAUUGGUAGUAAGUUUAAGUGGCUGAUCUCCUGGCCCCUGCUGCUGCUUCUCUUCUUCACUAUCCCCAAUUGUGGCAAGCCCCGCUGGGAGAAGUACUUCAUGCUCUCAUUCAUCCUCUCCACUGUCUGGAUUGCUGUCUUCUCCUACUUCAUGGUGUGGAUGGUAACCAUAAUUGGGUUUACACUUGGCAUUCCUGACGUCAUCAUGGGCAUCACUUUCCUGGCAGCUGGCACUAGUGUUCCUGACUGCAUUGCCAGUCUGAUUGUUGCUCGGCAAGGACUUGGCGACAUGGCGGUCUCCAACACAAUUGGCAGUAAUGUGUUUGACAUUCUGGUUGGACUGGGUUUGCCCUGGGCAUUACAGACCAUGUGUGUCAACUACGGCUCAGAGGUGAUGAUCAACAGUCGUGGGCUGCUAUAUUCUGUAGUGCUUCUGCUUGGCUCUGUGGCUCUCACGGUGUUGGGGAUUCAUCUGAACAAGUGGCGUCUGGACCUGAAGCUGGGGAUAUACGUUCUAGUUCUUUAUGCCGUCUUCCUCUGCUUCUCAAUCAUGAUUGAGUACAACGUGUUCACCUUCGUCAACCUGCCUAUGUGCCUGGAUGAGUAGACCAUUCCACUGAUCCUGAAUCCUCAGCUCAGACACCAACUUUACCCCUCUGCCAUACCACACCUAAUUUUCUCCUUCCUUCACUACUGUCAUACAGGCUCCUCCCCCUCCCCUUGCCCUCGGUCAUCCCUCUUUAGUACCUAAAUUAAUAUAAUCAAUCCCUGGAGCACAAAAACACUUUUUUAGUAGACCUUCAGUCUACCUCCCAAGAGCAAGGUAGAUAAAUAAUAAUCUCCUACCACCACCCCAUAUCACCCAACAGCUAUCUUCCCUAAACCACCCAACCACCUCAAACUUUCUCUGAGCCUCCCACCCUACAUGCUAUUUCAUCCAAAUAAGUAGAAUUCACCUCUGACCUAUUCCUCUUUCUCAACUCUAUUCCCUCUCUCUGGGAGGAGGAACUUCUCCUCGGCAGCUCUCCUCCUCCAUUCCAGACCAGGGCUCAUCUGACGUGGCCGCAUCUGGAAUGGACACUCUUCAUUCUCUUCCUCUCAUUUUCCUACCCACAACAAACUUCUACUAAUCUGCUCUUUGGCUUUUUCUCUUUCACAUUUUAAGACGGACAGUUUGUCAGGAAGCUUUGUGUGAAAUGAGCCACACAAGUCAACGCUAUCUGUUAGAGCGUGUAUGUAUAUGCAGCACUUCACAAAGUAAUAUAUUUUUUUCUGUCCUUUUUUAUUAUUUAUUUAAAAUGGUGACUUGUAUGAAAUACAAACACAGCUUGUUGCAAUCAUAGGACACAGCCCUGUUUGUACAGUGAACAAAUUGCACAUGGAAAUACAUUUCUUGCUUUGUGCUGUAAGGAAAUUUAGCCCUUAAAGGGGUGUCGUCUGGCUGAUGAAACAACUCCAUAACCUGUUUUGUUGAAGUUCAGAUUUUCCGACCAACUGCACAACACUAAAAAAAAAAGUGCUCCAAGUCUUAGGGGACAGUCUCAUUUUGCUACCGUUGAUGGUGAAUUAUUUGUCCACGUCUUGGGACAACAGUGUGUACAGAUUCAAAGAACUGGACAUAUCUCCUAAUCCUCUGUCGGCUCUGACCCCCCUACAGCCACCGGGGGGCAAUGUAACCCACCUGAUCUGUGGACAGAAGGGGUCUCGACCACAGCCAAUCGGUUAUCAGGGAUACUCGGAGCCUUGCAACUCCAGGAGGUGGCAGUGGUGGUAUUCUCUUGAUGUGAAUUAUAUGUAGAUAUUGCACUUUAACAAGCAAGCAGUCCUCUCAUUCUGAAUCAACUAGUGCUUCCCUCUGUAUGUAUGUGUUUGUACAGUGUAUUUGUAUGUUUUCAUGUGGAUGUGUGAGAACAGCAGUGGUAUUUGCACACUGCAAGCCCACACCAUGUCUCUCACACCAGCCUAAAAAAAAUAGAAACCAACAACGUGAGCACAUCCGUCUGUUUGCAGUGCAUGCUGGGACAUUCAAUGCUACUCCGCAACAGUAGAGCGAAGGCUGAGGGUGUCUCCAUGGAAACAGCCCGAGCCCACUUCACAAAACCGGCAGCUACAAGCUACACUGCAAUCUGGACAUUUGACAUCAUGCAAAAAUGCCUGCGGGGAGUUUGGAACGAGGUUACGAGACUGAAGUUGAAAUGGGGGGGAAGGGAGAAUUGAGUUACUGUUGAAAACAUGUUGUCUUGCCAAUGUGGCAGCAGAUCUUGUAUAUGCAAUCUCAAUGAAUGUGAUGGAAGGGGCCCACAGAGGUCGCCAUAUUGUUAGGAGGGUCCUGUGAAAGCACCACAAUGUGGACAUUUAUGUAAGAAUGUCACAGCUCACAGGUAUGGAAGACAGGACGACAGAACCAAGAAAGCCCUGUAUUAUGAGAAGCAGAGCAGUGCGGAGUCCAACCCCUCUUUCACAAGGGCAUUAAUCUAUCAAUUACUAUUCCAACUGAGGAGCAGAUUCCGGCUGAGGGACACACGCAGGCUACAUGUGGUUUACCCCACUGUCCUCUGGACUCCUUCCAUACUCCACCUGGAGAGGAAACUUUGGAGACCUUCUCAUUCUAUGUUUAUGGACUCGGACCAGGAGCAUACUUUCUCAGUUGCACGGACCUCCUAAGCUGCUACUCUGUGGGGGUUUGAUUGCCGCACUCUGGAAGGAGGUAAUUGCACAGGUCCAGAACAGCUACCAGAACAGUAACCUGACCCCCUCAGACGCACACACAAACCCGUUGUACAACCUGAGUGCUGUCUUUAUGAUUCCACCCUCCACCACGCUCCAUAUGUGUACUGCUUGACCUUCAACUUUGUCCCCCCCUCACUGUUUUUUUUCCUCCUUAGAUGUGUGAAAGGGUAUUCUCUACCAGUGCCAUUCUGUGUAUCGUUAAUUUAUUAUUACAAUUGCUGCAUUCUCAAUCUUUUCUGUGAAUCUUCAGUUCAUACAUACUAUAUAUUUUUGAACUUCUAUGAUGUGCAAUCAAUGCUCAAUUUGGCCCUUGGGCAAUGUACUGUACCUAUGUUGAUUCGGAAUGUUGAAUGUUAGUUUUUUUGUUGAUUUUGUAUAUUUCAGUUUAUGUUAUUGGUUUGAGCGGGUGGGUGUAAUGUGUUCACCUGUGUGGUCACAUUCUUGUUUCCAGGUCUAGAGAGCAAUGACUGUAAAGCAGGUAACACCGAUACUCGGUUUAUACCCCUCAUCCAACACACACCACCACCAUCGACUAUCUCACCGGUUUGCUGCCGCAUAUGUUUAUGAUCAAAUCUCUUUUAAAAAAGGUAGAAUUCAGAUGCCAUAAAUGUUGUAGCUCUGCAUAAUAGAUUGUAUGGAAACGUGUACAAAUAAGUGCACACACAUAGACAUGUUAAAUAUGGCAACUGAACAUGGAGAGGGACCGUAUGUAAUUCUCUUGAAUGAAUGCGACCUGAUGCACUGUGAGCUCAAUGUGAUGUGGAAGUAAUUUGUCAACAAUAAUAAUGAAAUAAAACCAAUCUAAAAUAUUUAAUGUAAAGUUAGUUACUAUGAAACAUUACUGAGGACAUCUGUAUAACUUAUAUGAAUGUAUUGUCUUACUAUACUGGACAUAUCCAACUGAUGCAUUUUACUGU